AUGGCUACGGUCAGGAUGCUGAUGGUCCUGCUGGUGUUGGCUCUGCUGGCUCUGAGCUCGGCUCAGAACUUAGAGGGAGGUGCUGGAGGUGAAGAAGCUCUUCAAGUGCUAGGAUCCCCUAAAGAGGAAGAGUCCCAACUAUCAUCAGACGGUGGAUCCGAUGAGGAAGCACCAGAGGAACCCCAAGUCAUUCCUCAAAAGGAACUCAAAGGUCAGCGUGGCAAGAAAGGCAAAGGUGGGAAGAAAGGUCGUGGUGGCCGUCCUGGCCAGGGAGACCAGGAGGGUUCCCGUGGAAAGCAGCAAAAAGGCCAAGGUCGCCAGGGUGGUCGAGGUGGUAAAGGUGGCCAGAAAGGCCAGCGUGGAAGAGGUGGCCGGGGAGGUCAGAGCCAGAGCUUUGCUUCUGAUGAGUGA